UUUUAAUCAUCGGUGCAGGUUUUUUUAGACCAAAGCAUACAAUUCGUUUUUCAGACACGUUCUCACACCCGUGUCCAGUUUUGCCUGCAGUACACUGUACGUAAUCCACCAAACCGACAAUAGGACUCAGCGUAGUUAAGAAAAAAGGAAGGAAGUUGGCGUGACAGCGAUGGAGAUCCGGCCUUCUUACCACCCCAGUCUCAUCGUCCUCCCCCUCUUUCUACUCUUUUCUACUUUCUCUGACAAAAGACGAAGGAAGGAACGCUGAAAAAUGGGUCUUCGCCUCUCCGUCUUCUCCUUCUUCCUCCUCGCCUUCCUUCUUCAUUUUGCCAGAUCUGAUGAUACAAGCAGUGAACUUCUUAAAGGUAUCAACAGCUACAGAGCUUCCCUCAACCUUUCAGCAUUAACGGAGAAUCAACAUGCGGAGUGCUUGUCAGAACAACUGGCCAAACAGUUUAAGGGUCAAGAUUGCAGCAACACCACAGGCUCCAAUACUGUUCCUGGUACCGAGCAACAGUUCCCCAACUAUCCAGACUUUCUGAACCACUGCCAUCUCAAUGCAACGGUCACUCAAGAUGCUGCUGUAAUGCCAGCUUGUGUACCCGGUUUAGCUCGAGAUCUUGUCCUGACCAACUUCACAAAAUCCCAAUACUCUCAAAAUCUGAAUGAUAGUCAUUUUGUUGGAGCUGGGAUCGCUGAUGAAGGUGACUGGGUGGUGGUUGUUUUGAGCACGAACACGCCCACUGGUAGUUUUGCACCAGCAACAGGAGUUGCUUCAGUUGUUGAGGUCGCUCUUCACCACCAAUUGGUGCUGUUCCUGCUGGGAUUUUUCAUUUUCAUGAUGAAUUGAUAAGUGUUACAUCUGUCAAAAUCUUUUAUGUUUUCUCCAUUUAAAUUUUACUCAUCAGCUUUUGAAUCUUCCGUGACAAUAAACUAUAUUUUCAUGUAGAAAAGAUGGUAGUUUAAAGUAUGAACCAACAAUAUGGAUUUUGUCUUGUAUUUUUGCAGUUCUGUCUUGAUUACAAAGAUUAUACAAUGUCCGUAGCUGUUUUCGUCA